UCAGCACUUGAGGAUCUCUACAGCCCUGAAUGUCUGUGGAGACCAGGACAACUAGAUGAGCCCCAGAGACAGAUCCACAGUCAAGACCAUGUCUCUUUCCACCAGGAAAGAACCACAGGAAACAGAUGAUUCUUCUGCACAAUCUGACUUCACUGCAGCCUGGAAUUGAACUGCUGGUUUCGUCUGGUCAGAGAAGAACUGUCCCCUGACCAAGCCUGGUUUCUCAAGGUUUUUUCUCCAUUCUGUCACCGAUGGAGUUUCAGUUCCUUGCCGCUCUCACCUCUAGCUUGCUUAGUUGGGGACACUUAAUUUCCAGUGAUUUCGUUAACUUGGUUGAACAGAUACUAUUUAAACUGAACUGAGCUGGAUGAUGACAUCAUUGAAUUAUAUGAACUAACUUUUUUAUUUACACACUAUUUUCCUAUGUAAUGCUGUUCAAUUGCUUUGUUACAAUCUGUGUUAUAUGAAUAAAGGUGACCUGACUUUAAACCAGCUACUGGUUUGCUGGUCUUAUCAGGUUGUAGCUGGUCUUCCAGUUUUGCCAGCACGUUCUCAGCUGGUCAAUUCUUGGGCCAUACAGAAAAAGUUUUUUUCAACAGGACUGGUAAAAGUUUCAGCACCUAUAGAUGCAAUAAAACAUGCUACAUACGGCAUAACUGAUCAUUUUAAACAAAACAACCCAAUCAAACAAAACAAUCAGGAUUUCUAUAGUAGGUAAAUCUCUGUUAUAGAUUUAUAGAUGGCUGUUAUACAGGAUACCACCCCGCCCCCCAUCACACCCUCUUUACACCCGCCUACCGCUUCAUGUUGUUUUUAACCCUCUGCGCUAUGUACAGCUAUGAUCAGAUUCAGAGCCCAUUGUGAAGGAAGCAUAGCCUACUUAAAAAACCCGCUAAUAAACUGGCUACCUCAAAAAUGAAUCUGUUGUAUUUACCAUUUUGAAUUAUACGUCUGUACCGGAGAGCUGGUGAAGAUGGGCUGCUGCUCGGGGAGGAGUGUGUUGAUGUUCUUCUGCGCUCUUCAGCUGAUCACUGCUGUGGAGAGACAGGUGUUUGACUUUCUAGGUUACCAGUGGGCGCCCAUCCUUGUCAACUUCCUGCACGUCAUUGUGGUGAUAUUGGGCUUGUUUGGGACAGUCCAGUAUAAGCCCCGCUAUGUCGUUUUGUAUAUAGUCUGGAUUGUAUUUUAUGUGACUUGGAAUGUCUUCAUCUGUUGCCUUUAUCUGGAUCUUGGAGGGCUUUCAAAGGACAGUGAUUAUCUGUCACUGGGACUUUCGUCUCAUCGCUCAUGGUGGAAGGACAACGGUCCAGGCUGUGAGAGCAGAAACCUCCCCACCACUAGAUGGCAGCAUCUGGAAAGUCCUGCUCGGGUCUCUGAGCUGGGCUGUGUAUUAGAGUAUCAGUACAUAGAAGUUAUGCACAGCUUCCUGCAACUGUUCAUUUCUGCCCUGGGAUUUGUAUUUGCCUGCUAUGUUGUCAACAUCUUCAGUGAAGAGGAAGACACAUGUUUGUAA